GAUUUACCCUACCCCGACUGUCUUUCAGUGCCUUAGCAUAAUCCAUAACUUCUCUCUUUUUUCCUUUUCUGUUGGCCCCUUCAAAAAAAUAUAUCUGCGCUUUUUUCGUAUAUUUUCAUAUAAACCAGCAAUUUGCCAUCGUCAGCACAAAAACACACACCCGAGUAAGAUACGAGUCCUGAUUCCUCUCAAGGUAUACUGGCUUUUAUCUAUAUUCUGUUUGUGUCUCCGCGUUCUACUGUGUCAGCUGUUUCUUUCCUAUCCAUCAAAAAGAGCAAAGAUUAUAAUACAGUUUUAUUUGUCUACUUCGCCUCUUAGCUUUAAAAACAAAAAGUAACACUAUCUUCACCAUGUCUCUCUGCGACCAGUGCGAGAUCGGCUGCCACCGCGCCGGCAUCAAGGAUAUUGAAGAUGAGUCGGCCGUGAACAAGGACUUCCACUUCUCCGCCAUCUUCCAGCCGGAGGACCCGCACCACCUGCACACCGAGUACAGCAAGAUCGAGGGCAGCGAGAAGUACGUCGAGGAGGUGGAGGUCUUUGGCCGCAAGGUGCUGAAGGUCUACCCGGAGGCGCUGACGGUGCUCGCCCACCGCGCCUACACCGACAUCCACCACUUCUUCCGCAAGGACCACCUGGAGGGGUGGCGCCGCGCCAUCGAGGACCCCGAGGCCUCCGACAACGACCGCUACGUCGCCGAGACGCUGCUGAAGAACGCGUGCGUGGCGGCGGGCCGCGUGCUGCCGACGUGCCAGGAUACCGGCACGGCCAUCAUCCUCGGCAAGCGCGGCGAGCUCUGCUGGACCGGCGGCGAGGAUGAGAUGUACCUGUCGAAGGGCGUGUGGAACGCCUACAAGUACCACAACCUGCGCUACAGCCAGACCGCCGCCUUGGACAUGUUCAAGGAGUGCAACACCGGCGACAACCUGCCGGCGCAGCUGGACCUGCUGGCGGUGCCCGGCAACGCCUACGAGUUCCUCUUCAUCGCCAAGGGCGGCGGCUCGGCCAACAAAGCCUACCUGUACCAGCAGACCAAGGCCCUGCUGAACCCCAAGUCGCUGCGCGCGUUUGUGGAGGAGAAGCUGAAGACGCUCGGCACGGCGGCCUGCCCGCCUUACCACAUCGCCCUCGUCGUCGGCGGCACGAGCGCGGAGAUGACGAUGAAGACGGUGAAGCUGGCGAGCUGCCGCUACUACGACUCCCUCCCCACCACCGGCGACAAGUACGGCCGCGCCUUCCGCGACCCGGAGUGGGAGAAGAUCGUGAUGGAGGUGGCGCAGAAGAGCGGGAUCGGCGCGCAGUUCGGUGGAAAGUACUUCGCCCACCAGGCCCGCGUCAUUCGCCUGCCCCGCCACGGUGCCUCGUGCCCCGUCGGCCUCGCCGUGUCGUGCAGCGCCGACCGCCAGCUGCUGGCCCGCAUUGACAAGGACGGCGUGCACGUGGAGCAGCUCGAGAUGGACCCGGCGCAGUACCUGCCGGAGAUCGCACCGACGAACAUGAGUGCCGCGGCGGUCGACGUGGACCUGCACCGCCCCAUCGACGAGGUGCGCAAGCAGCUGAGCCAGUACCCGGUGGGCACGCGUGUGAUGCUGAACGGCACCCUGAUCGUGGCCCGCGAUAUCGCGCACGCCAAGAUCAAGGAGAUGCUGGACAACGGGGAGCCGAUGCCGGACUACAUGAAGACGUCGCCCAUCUACUACGCCGGUCCCGCCAAGACGCCGGAGGGCUACGCCUCUGGCUCCUUCGGCCCGACCACGGCCGGCCGCAUGGACUCCUACGUCGACCUCUUCAUGUCCAACGGCGGCAGCUUCAUCACGCUGGCGAAGGGCAACCGCAGCAAGCAGGUGACGGACGCGUGCAAGAAGCACGGCGGCUUCUACCUCGGCAGCAUCGGUGGCCCGGCCGCCAUUCUCGCCAAGAACAACAUCACGAAGGUGGAGUGCCUCGCCUUCCCGGAGUGCGGCAUGGAGGCGGUGUGGAAGAUUGAGGUGGUGGACUUCCCCGCCUUCAUCAUUGUGGACGACAAGGGCAACGACAUGUUCGCCAAGCUGCUCUCGUAA